UACCACAGCUGUCCAACGUGUACCACAGCCUUCUAACAUGUACCACAGCUGUCCAACGUGUACCACAGCCUUCUAACAUGCACCACAGCCUUCCAAUAUGUACCACAGCUGUCCAAUAUGUACCACAGCCUUCCAAUGUGUACCACAGCUGUCCAACGUGUACCACAGCCUUCCAAUAUGUACCACAGCUGUCCAACGUGUACCACAGCAUUCCAGCGUGCAUCACAGCCUUCUAACAUGCACCACAGCCAUCCUACACUCACUACAGCUUUCCAAUGCACAAGAUGAGCUUUCAGUGUGCGCUAUGGCACACACCAUGGCCUUCCAGCACAUGUUGCACCAUGGUUCUUGGGGAAUGUUGCCGCUCUGUGCUUGUAUAUGGAUGGUAUAACAGUAAAGCCAACUUGGUUUGAUUCAACUUGGCUUAACUUGACUCAAUUUGACUUGAUUCUGCUCAACUGACUUGACUUGCCUUGAUAUCCUCCUUUGCAUAUGCUGGUGCAGGCAGGUCCUGCUGUCCGAAGUCAGCAGGACGCCAUUCUCCCAGCGCGUGGGAACACCGGCAGGAAGUGCCGUCAUGCACGGCUGCCUGUCCCAUGCUGCUGCUAUUUAUCUAACAAUUAGGCAGCGAUUAGAUACCAUCCUGUAUUUUCACGUCGGCUGUAUCAACUAUAUUCUUCUUUAUCAACUUAAUUCAUACGUAAAUUUGUUAAGAUAAAUUUAUGAUCCCUGAACACAGGAAAAGACAGAGUCAGAGGCAGGAUUUGGGGAAUGAAGUAACGUAGUGUUUUUGGCGUGUAGAUAGCAUUGGUUCCUGUAUGAUGUGCGGUAAUGGUCCUGUAAUGUCUGCCAGAAGGGGGGAGAGAGAAAAUAGCCUGUACUGGGUGACUGGCAUCUUUUAUGAGGUGGUCUGCAUUUCUAUAGGAUACUCUGAGCUGGUAGUAAUCUCAGUGGUCUUCACCCUUUGCCGGUGUAUCGGUCAUGUGACAUUAUAUACGCUGUCAUGUGACCGUGCAUGUGGCAGCCCAUGUGGAUGUUUUGGUUUCUUAGCUUCCUCUCUCUUCCUCCUACAAUGAUGUCAUCUUCGCUCCAGAUUUCUAGCCGCCAAAGGUGAGAGUCCGACUCCUUUCAGUUUGGAAUUUUUGGCCAGAGGGGCGGCGGUGCUGCUGAGUCCUUCUUUAUACCCGCUUUAGGUUCUACUGAGGCCCGAGAAAACUGCCCGGCAAUGCAGGUUGAUAAGAAGAUCGUGAGGACGGAAAUCGGUGUUUUACUUCGACUCUCACAUCCAAACAUUAUUAAAUUGAAAGAGAUAUUCGAGACCCCGGCCGAGAUCAGUCUGGUUCUGGAGCUGGUCACUGGGGGAGAGUUGUUUGACAGGAUCGUCGAGAAGGGGUAUUACAGUGAGCGGGACGCCGCUGAUGCUGUCAAACAGAUCCUGGAGGCCGUUGCGUACCUGCAUGAGAACGGAGUGGUGCACCGGGACCUAAAGCCAGAGAACCUCCUAUAUGCUACUUCAGCUCCAGAUGCCCCUCUCAAAAUAGCUGAUUUUGGUCUUUCAAAAAUCGUGGAUGACCAGGUCACUAUGAAGACAGUAUGUGGGACUCCAGGGUAUUGCGCUCCUGAAAUCCUUCGGGGUUGUGCCUACGGACCUGAGGUGGACAUGUGGUCGGUGGGAGUCAUUACAUACAUCUUAUUGUGCGGCUUCGAACCGUUUUUUGACGAACGGGGUGACCAGUACAUGUUCAAGAAGAUUCUUAACUGCGAAUAUGAGUUUGUCUCCCCCUGGUGGGAUGACGUGUCUCUAAAUGCCAAGGACCUGGUGAAGAAGCUGAUCGUCCAGGAUCCAAAGAAGCGGCUGAGCACAGUGCAGGCCCUGCAGCACCCCUGGGUGACGGGCAAGGCCGUCAACUCCGCCCACAUGGACACAGCACAGAAGAAACUGCAGGAGUUCAACGCUCGCCGCAAGCUCAAGGCGGCCGUGAAGGCUGUGGUGGCCUCCUCACGGCUAGGCAGCGCCGGCAGCCACAACAGCACCGACAACAGUAAGAUCAGCUGUAACCACUCUCCUGUCCAGGAGGGGGCGCCAGAUAGACAGGCUCAGCAAACCCACCAGCCGAAACAGGGGGACUCCUAAACGUUUGUGUCUUGGGCUUUCCGUUGGAUCGGAAGAUGUCGUCAUCUUGUGAGAAUAAGAAAAGGCUGAUUUUAACGAAUGAAAUGAGACCGUCUCACAGGUCGGGGGCAGUGCUGACCUCAAACAAUUUUGCAUGUGACUGCUUAUGAUUUAAACAAAAUGAAAAAAAAAAUGCCGCAUGAACGAACCUACGUGACAGCGUGACUAUACAGCUUCAUCUUGAAAUGGCCAUUUGCGAAGCUGACAGUUCCUUCCACUGAAACACCUUUCCAUGAACUACAUUGAGGAGCUUCACCUGAUGGACAUGGAGGAAACAAUGUUUUUGCUGUUUGUAAUGGUUGCAUUUUAGUAAACUUCAUUUCGUUAAUAAGAUACUGUAAGUUAGGUAUGGUACAGCAUUCUAGGGUUACCGCCGAUUGGGGUGAAUAGGGAAGGUGGUGGUGUUGUUUACAGAACUUAUUUAGGGUUAUAUGCAAUACAUUCCGUUUAAAAUACAGGCAUAUACCAACCAAUAAAUGGCCAUAGAAUUGUAACUUUACUACAUUUUGAAAAAGAAUGCCUUAUCCACUUGUUUAUACACUUUGAUAGAAACAUGUUACAUAUCAUGUUUAAUAAUAAGGUCAAAAUCCAUGUGUGGAAAAAACACAUCCUUAGGACACGUGGUAGGAGAUACAAUAUCUUGUAGAAUCUAAGCUGUUCCGUAGUGUUUACAGUGCUUCUGACAUUAAACACAAGCUACCAAAAUACUUAAUUCAUAAAGUUGCCCUACGUUUUUACUCAAGAAACAUAGAAGACAUUGUGAAGACGUUUACUAACGUAUUAUCUGAAUAAUCUGUUAGUGCCAAAUACAAUUGCGCUUGAAGACUGUACUGCUUUCUCAGAAUGUCUGAAAUAUGCCUUCCCUCUUAAAUCUAAACUGAAAUAUGAUUUGUGCUUAAAUUAAUUAUAUUAUCAUGUAACAUCCAUCUGUCCAUCCUCCAACUGCUUAUCCAGAGCAAGAUCGCGGCUAGUAUGAAACUUAUUCAAUGCAAAUAUUGGGUAACUGGUGUUUUUUUUUCAAUGGCAGCUUCUCCAAAUUAAUAUAUCAAGCUUGAUUUGUCCAGGAAUGUUUUCACGAGUAUGUUUUUUGAACUUGCCGAUAUGUUCAUGUGCAUGAUCGUUUUUAAGGCCAGAGUCAGGGAUCAUAACUCCUACCCUCCAUAACAAUGGCUGGUUUAAGCUAGAAGCCUAUAGAGAAUCAGAGGUUUGCUGUUGAUUAGGGGACGUUGUUUUGCAUGUGGGAAUGUACUAUUACAUUAAAUAACUGCUGCGACUGUCUUUCAAUAAUGCAUUGUAUUUUGCAGUAUACAAUAAUUACACAAUAUGGAAGUUCCCAUUUUGUAUAUUUAAAGUUUAUAUAAAUCUAAAGAUAGUAUGUUUCUGUAUAUGAAUGAGCAUUUGAACAGUAAAAACGGACUACUCUUUAAAUGGCA